UACGCAUUUAAACUUUACGUCUCGCUCUGCCACCAAUACAUUUUCUCUGAGCAAAAGUGAUAUUUCUGCAUGGCAUCACUGUGAAAACCCCCUUCUGGAGCUGUUUUUAAGAGUGUAAGAAAAUUAUCUCUAUCUGCUGCCUCAUUUUCAGUCAAAGAGGGUCAAUGAAUGCCAAGAACUUGCUUUUGUUGAAACUCAAUAAAAUUUCUCAUUUUUUGAAACCAUGGUGCAUCAAUCACAAGAAGCUCUGAUUUAAUUUGAUUUAAUAUUUUAUUUUUGAAAGAUAUUGGGUUUCCAAUGCCUAUUUUUGAGCUUUACCGAGACAUAGUUUGUUGCAAUAUUGAGGUGUUCAAUUUUAAUUUAGAAAAUAAACACGUCUCUUCGGUGGUGAGAACUAGCCGACGCUCAGUAUGAGCUAAAUCCUGUUAAAUGAAGUACUGUUAAAAACAGAUACUUUUAGACUUUUACUUGUUGGAAUUGGUGACAUGAAGUCAGUUUUAUUUAUAAAUCACUUUAUUCAAUACAGAUUGUUUCAAAGCAGUAAAAAAUAUCAAUGAUCUAAACAGAAUUCACUUCAGCUGUAAAGCAGCUCUGAAAAUACAAUCAUAAACUUUGAAAUUAUUCAGUUGAAAUCAGUUCAGUGUAGAUUCAGUUUGGUUUAAGGUGAGUUCAGUUCAUCGACAGUGAAAGUGACACGUGAAGGCCAAGUAUGGUAACCUGUACUCGGAAUUUGUCCUCUACAUUUAACCCAUCCAUAUACACACAUUAGAAGUAGUAAGUAGUGAACACACACACACACACACACACACACACACACAGCAGGCAGCCAUUCACUGCGGCGCCCAGGGAGCGAUUGGGGGUUCGGUGCCUCAGUCAUUUCCUGCCGGUAUUGAGAAUCAAACCCGCAACCUCCGGGUUACCUGAUCUGACUCUCUCUCCGUUAGACCACGACUGCCCCUAUAAAGCAGUUCUGUAGUAAACCGUGAUGUCAUCCGUCCAGCUCAGUUCAGUUCUCAUACAAUAGUGUCAAUGAUAUUGUUGAAUAUUAAGUGACCCCAUCUAAGCAAGCCAGAGGCGACAGUGCAGGAAACCAAACUCCAUCAGGUGACAGAAUGGAGAAAGAAACCUUGGGAGAAACCAGGAUCAGUGGAUCAGUUCUCCUCUGGCCAACAAACGAACAAACAUGGUGUGGUUUAAUUCCAGUCUGAAUCAAGUCAGAUUGUGGAUUUAUAUCGUUCAGAAUAUUUCAUCCAGUUCCUUCUGCUUGAAGAUUGGGGUCUUCUUGUCACUUGUUUUUGUAGAAAGGGUUAAUCUACGCCUCUGCUGGAAGGCAUUCAAAAUACCCUGCGCUCAAACAUCUUUCCACACUCCUGUUUCUCUCGUGUGUUUUCUCUGUCUCUGACACACACUAGUCCAGCCUGUCAGACUUACUCGACUGCUUUCGGCCAAUCCCUCUGUGUGUGAAACACGCUCAACGGGACAGACUCACAACACCAUGAACAGAGACACCAGCACGCUGACAACGACAUUCACUGGACAACAGUAGCAGGAGAGGCAUCGUUUCAUAUUCAACAGAACAUCACAGGUACAGCAAAGGCUGCAGGAGUAUCAGAUGGACAGCGAUCUUUUCUCCGAGCAGGAGCUCACCUGCUCCAUCUGUCUGGAUCUCUUCAGCCAGCCGGUUUCCACGCCAUGCGGCCACAACUUCUGCCAGGGCUGCAUCGGCGGCUACUGGGCGUCCAGCUCCAUCUCCAGCUGCCCUUUGUGUAAACGGGUGUUUGAAGAACGUCCCGAGCUGAGCAUAAACCGUGUGUUUGCACACAUUGCCCAGAAGUAUAAAGAGAUGCACUACGGUGGGCCUCCUCAAGCCAAGCCGCGACAGAAAGCCGCUAUGACCGGAGCUUCGCUCUCUGAGGGCGAGCAGAUCUUAUGUGACGUCUGCAGUGGCAUGAAGAGGAAGGCCGUCAGCUCCUGCCUCACGUGCACAGCGUCGUACUGCGAGAUUCAUGUUCUGCCGCACCAGCAGACGCCGUUCUACGCGUCCCAUCGGCUGCUGGAUCCACACGAGGCCCUGCGAGGCCGAACCUGCCAGGAACACGGCCGACUGCUGGAGGUUUACUGUCGCACGGAUCAGAAGUGUAUCUGUGCCAUCUGUGUGCUGGAGGAGCAUCGCACACACACUACAGUUUCAGUGCAGACCGAACGCGCCAGCAAACAGAGACUCCUGGGAAGAACAGAACUGGACCUUCAGACAUGUAUUGACAACAGAAACGCUCAGCUGACUGAGAUGAAGAGCAAACUACACGCCCUGCAGAGCUACUCUCAGGCCGAGCUGUCCGAGGUGGAGCAGCUGCUGUCUGACGUCACACACUCCGUCCAUCGCAUCCGCACCGAGCUGGUGGGCGGGAUCGAGGAGAGGAGAGAGGCUGUGAUUGGCCGAGGACAAAGCAUCGUCUCCCAGCUGGAGUCAAAGUUAGCGCAGCUGCAGGAGCGCAGGGGUCGACUGGAGGCGCAGGCUGUUUCAGAUGAUCACAUCGGCUUCCUUCAGAGUUUUGAGGAAGCCAACAGCCCCUUGCAGGACUCAGACAUGGAUCUGCAUGAGGUGGAGGAAAUGACGCUACACUUCUCGCUCGGGGACGUGAAAGCAGCUUUAGGAGAGAUCCGUGAGCGACUGGACGACAUUCGUGCCGGAGAAGUGCACUACCGACACUCUGUGCCUUCGUUAGCAGAGAGUGAGAGUAUGAUGAGCGUCCGGUCUCUCAGGAGGAAGGAAUGGUCACUGAAGGAUCUACGGAAAUUAAAAUUGGGACACAAGAAGGUUAAAGGUUAUCUUGAGGAUGUCACACUGAACCCAACCUCAGCUUACCCGUUCCUCAUCCUCUCUGACGACCGCAAGCAGCUGAAGCGCGGCGAGAAGCUGCAGUUCUACCGGAACAGCCCGCAGCGCUUCGACGUCUGGUCCUGCGCGCUCGCCAAAGAGGGAUACGAGUCUGGACGCCACUACUGGGAGGUGAACGUUGGUGAAAAUAAGGACUGGAAGUUGGGAGUCGUGCGUGAAUCUGCGCAGAGGAAGGGUCUGUUCGACAUGACGCCCGCUAUCGGAUACUACGCGCUCUGGUGGAGCGGGAACCACUUGCGCGCUCUGACCGCGCCGCCGCUGGCCAAGGUUAAAGUCACCGGUCACUUACGGCGCAUAGGCGUCUAUCUGGACUGUGAGGAGGGUCAGGUGAUCUUCUACAACGCCAAGACCGGAUCGGAGCUGUAUUCAUUCGCGGCAGAGUUCUCAGAGAAGAUGUUCCCGCUCUUCGGCACCGGCGACAAGGAAGUUCCGCUGGUGUUGAUGUCUCCGUUCCUCAGCGUCCCGGAGUGAGCACGAGCGAAUCCUGGACAUCUGAUCGCCUUUGUGUUUUACGAGAAUUUAAUAAUAUAGGAAACAAAGACUUUGUGGUUUAUUUGUAGCUCAAGGUUUAGGGAAUGCAUAAACUAUGAAGUGAAAUGAAGUUAAAUGUGAAGUUUAAAUCAAGUGAAGAUAAAUUAUUCUCUCUCUCUCUCGGCUGCCUGAGAUAACAUCCCACAGAAGUUAUAGAUGCUGAAAUCAUAAACUGUUCACAAGUUAGGAAUCACUAAAACAUUUUUGUGUUUGAAUGAAAUUGAUUCUUCUUUCAGUAAAGUAGGUUUUAACUGAUAAAAUACAAUCAAUCUUUAAAUUAUUAGCAAAAGUCUUUCUUGAAGAAAGCAAACUGUAAUUAUGUAUGCCUACAGAAAGAGAGAGAGAUCAUGAAGCACUGGAUUCCUCUAGAGAAAGAUGUUCUUCACAGUCGCUGAACAGCAGCUUUACAGUGAAGAGAAGAUCAUUCACAGGCACAUGAGGAGGGUAGAACGGGCCAAAGAAUGAAAAGAUUUCAUGGUAAACUAUUUUUAUGAUGGAUGGAUGAGUCUGAGGUGCUGAGGUCUCAUGGGAACAGUCUGAUUGUAAGUUUCCAUGAGAAGUGCACUAAAGCAGGAGAAACGGAUCAUUAUCCAGUCCUGCUGUCCUCUUGAACACACAUUCAUUCCCAAUACACACAUAUGUAAUAUUAUCAA